CGAUGGACGUGGCUUAGGUCUAGCGAAGCAUGCACAAGAAGUAUAGAGUAACAAUACAUGGCGAAUGAAUUGAAUACGGCAGAAUGAGACGUGCCGACUCGGAGUAAAGAAAAUAUGGCUUUGGUAUCCCGAGAAGGGUUUGGAGAGACGUGCUCACAGGACUCGAAGAACGCUUCUUGGCGACGGUUUUGCCACGGAUGAUUCCCAGGACCAGGGUGCGUUGAGCGCUACUAGUACAUAACCAGGCGGCGUGACUGGGGUGGCGAGCCCGGGGGAGACCAAAAGCCAGGAGACGUAAAGUAGAGGCUACGUGUAUCCGUAGUGUAUGUAGCAGUUAAUAGAGACGGGAAGAUGGUGAGGCUGCAUCAUCGGUGGGACCCUGGGAGACGGGCUUGGACGGCCGGGUGUAUGGCCCCUCCCAUUCCCCGGAUGGGGAACGACGUCGGAGGGGAGUGGGGGGAGGGGGGCGGUGGGUACCACGUCACAUGUUUGCGUCACGGAGACAAAGCGAACGCAGUACUUGGCUUUUGCCGCUUCAACUACCGAUGAGAGUGAGUCCAUUGCUCGUCGUGCCUGAUGGGCUCGUUCGGAACCAUGUGGCUAGCUCACGGCUAGCUUACCCGCUCUCCGGCCAUACCACCCCCUCCAGCCGCCAGAGCGCGCGCAUGUUCCCCGCCAAAGGGAGGGACUAUGGGGCCGCUAGCCCGGCGCUAGGUCCGUCCAUGACAAGAGCCGGGGGCCCGGGUACGCCGCUAACGAAAUCAUAUGGGUUCGGCCGCGGGAGGGGGGUGGGGCUGAGGAGGGAACGCGUUUGGUCCGGCGCUUGCUCCGCGCCUCGUGCGCUGUCUCCAGGCUUGAUGGCCCACGUCUGCCGAUUACGAUCCCGGGAUUGUCUCCCUGGCAAAUAUGCACGAGACCUCACAUCUGACGAGGGGGAGUGUGGCGUGGACGGCCAGCCCCCGGCCGUGUCACUCGGUUGUGGCUUGCCGGUACAAGCCAAAACAGGCAGAGAGCCCCCUUUCCCCCGCUGGGCCACGUCGGUACUUGUUUUGUGGCAUGAUUGUCAAACGGAGAGGGCGUGAUACCUACCACUCACUCCCGUCUGCCUGCUUGCCUACCUGCCCACCUACCUACCUACCUACCUACCUACCAAGGCGCGAUGCCGGACC